AUGGCCUUCAGCUUCGCCGUCGCCGCGGCCUCCGAUGCCCUCGCCACCUCGAGCUCCCUCACCGAUUCCCUGAUCCUCUGCUCGGCCGCGGCGAUCUCGGCUUCGACGUUCUCCAAGUCAGCUCGCACGGCCCGGCUCUCCAUCGCCGUCAGCGUCUUCUCCUUCUCCGCCGCCUCAGUGUCGUCGUCCAGCUGGCGAAGGAUCGCCGUCAGCUUGGAGAUGACCUCCUCCGCCCGCUCCUCGGCGGACGUGACGGACUCCAGGCGGGACCUGGCCUUGAUCAGCUUGGCGUUCAGCUGCUGCACCUGCGCGCUCGCCUUCUUCUCCUGCUCCGUGAGCCGGCGGAUCUCGUCGGUGACCCGCGCCGUCUCCUCGCGCGUGCGCUCGAUGGACGUCCUGAACCGGCGGCCCUCUGCUUUGAUGGAUUCCAGCUCGAUCCUCGCCGAGCUCAGCUCCGCCUCUGCCUCCGGCAGCGAUAUAAUUUCGUGUUCCACCUGUCUCCUCGUCGUUAUCGCAGUGACCUCCGACGAGCCGCCGACGUCGUUAGCGUGACACUUCCCCGUUGCUUCCACCAGCGCCAGCUCGGCGUGCCGGAGCCCCGCGUCGGAGCUCGCCGUAGCGCGCGUCCCGACGGCGAGCUCCACUAGGACGCCGUGCUCGUCGCUUGCUCCGUCCGCUUCUAUCCCCACGCCGUCGACGUCGCGCGGGCUGGAGCGAACCCUGGACGUCGUCGACGCCUCCGCGUCUCUCCCGGCCGCGCCCUUCUCCGCCGCGGCGGCCUUCACCUCGCGCUGCAGCCUCCGCAGCUCCGCCUUCACGCUGUCCAGCUCCUGCAUCACCUCGCUGUACACCGUGCUGCUGCUCUCCUGA